UGCAGUCAGCUGACCGAGGAGAAAUUGCGGAGGGCAAUAAACAGCUGAUAUACUUUAUUAGCAUAGGUUUGGAUUUACGCACGUAUACAUUACCACAAAGCACAUUUUCAAAUAGGGAUGAGACUGUAGAAAUUGCUUCACAGAAAGGACAACAGAAAAGAUGGCAGGAAACAGCCUUGUGCUUCCCAUUGUUUUAUGGGGCCGUACAGCACCUACUCAUUGCAUUUCAACCUUACUUGUUAUGGAUGAUCUUGCAACCAUUGUCACAGGCUGUCACGAUGGACAAAUCUGUCUGUGGGAUUUGACUUCAGAUCUGGAGAUUAGCCCUCGAGCACUUUUGUUUGGCCAUACCUCUUCAAUCACGUGCCUGUCUAAAGCUAGCUCAGGAAGUGAUAAGCAGUAUAUUGUGAGUGCCUCUGAAAGUGGUGAGAUGUGCCUGUGGGAUGUUAGUGACGGCCGAUGCAUAGAAUACACAAAGUUGGCUUGUACCCACACAGGAAUACAGUUUUAUCAGUUUACAGUUGGAACUCAGCGAGAAGGAAGACUUCUUUGUAAUGGUCAUUAUCCAGAAAUCCUGGUAAUGGAUGCCACCAGUCUAGAGGUUCUUUACUCUCUAGUAUCGAAGAUUUCUCCUGACUGGAUCAGCUCUAUGAGUAUUAUUCGUUCACAUAGAACCCAGGAAGAUACAGUAGUUGCUGUAAGUGUGACGGGGAUAUUGAAAGUUUGGAUCAUUACAACAGAUGUCAACAGAAUGCAGGAUGCUGACCCUGUCUUUGAAGAAGAGUCAAAGCCGAUUUACAGCCAGAACUGUCAAUCUAUUUCAUUUUGUGCAUUUACCCAAAGAUCAUUAUUGGUUGUUUGCUCAAAAUAUUGGAGGGUGUUUGAUGCUGGAGACUAUUCUCUUUUAUGUUCAAUGCCCAGUGAAAGUGGGCAACUGUGGACAGGGGGUGACUUUAUUGCUGCAGAUAAGAUCAUUGUCUGGACCGAAGAUGGUUGCAGCUACAUUUACAAGCUCCCAGCAAGCUGUCUUCCUGCUAGUGAGUCUUUUCGCAGUGAUGUUGGAAAGACUGCAGAAAGCCCCAUCCCUCCUUUAUUAUGUAGCAUUCUGGACAGAAAAGACAAACAGGACUUGCAAAGGUUUGAGGGGGAUACCAUUGUCGAGGUUUCACGUGAUCAUGUCUGUGACUUCGAGAGAGCCUGGGAGCUUUACACCCCUGAGCUGCUGUGCCACAUCCAGCCUAUAGAGGCUCCACUACUUAUAUGUCCACCGGUUACCCGCUUUUUUUAUGGCCGCAGGGAGCCUUUCCAUAAACUGUUAGUUCAGGGGGACUCUGCUGGAAGACUCUCAAUUUGGAGUGUUAUGGACACAUUUGAGGAGAAAGAUAAAGAAGUACAGGUUACAGCAUCAACAAGUCUUCAAGAGUCAUUUGAUAAACUGUCUCUUAAACCAGCUGGUAUUAUUGACCAACUAAGCAUGCUCCCUGGUACAGAAACACCUCUUAAAGUGACAGCAAGUGUUUACAUUCCUUCUCAUGGGCGACUGGUAUGUGGACGAGAGGAUGGCAGUAUCGUGAUUGUUCCAGCCACUCAGACUGCAAUUGUACAGCUACUGCAAGGAGAACAUAUGCUCAGGCGAGGCUGGCCACCACACAGAACUCUUCGAGGUCACCGGAAUAAAGUGACAUGCCUGCUAUACCCUCAUCAAGUAUCCCCGCGUUAUGACCAGAGGUGUCUUGUCUCAGGAGGUGUGGACUUUUCUGUAAUUGUAUGGGACAUUUUUUCUGGAGAAAUGAAGCAUGUUUUCUGUGUCCAUGGGGGUGAAAUCACUCAGUUGUUGGUCCCUCCAGAAAAUUGUAGUACCCGAGUCCAACAUUGUAUCUGCUCUGUGGGCAGUGAUCAUUCAGUGGGAUUGUUAAGUCUGCGAGAAAGGAAGUGCAUUAUGCUGGCAUCACGCCAUCUAUUCCCUAUUCAGGUGAUCAAAUGGAGGCCAUCAGAUGACUAUUUAGUAGUUGGAUGUUCUGAUGGCUCAGUCUAUGUCUGGCAGAUGGACACUGGAGCUUUAGAUCGCUGCGUAAUGGGCAUUACAGCUGUGGAAAUCCUCAAUGCCUGUGAUGAAGCAGUGCCCGCAGCUGUUGAUUCACUCAGCCACCCUGCAGUCAACCUUAAACAGGCUAUGACUCGCAGAAGCCUAGCAGCUUUGAAGAACAUGGCUCAUCAUAAACUGCAGACCUUUGCCACCAAUCUGCUGGCCUCUGAGGCUUCAGACAAGGGUAACUUGCCCAAAUACUCCCACAAUUCUUUAAUGGUACAAGCAAUGAAGACUAAUCUGACAGACCCUGAUAUGCAUAUUCUUUUCUUUGAUGUGGAGGCAGUUAUUAUACAGCUCCUCACAGAAGAAGCGUCAAGGCCCAACCCAACUCUGAUCUCUCCUGAGAUUUUGCAAAAAGCCUCUGGAAGUUCUGACAAGGGAGGAUCAUUUUUAGCAGGGAAACGUGCAGCCGUGCUGUUAAAACAGGUGAAAGAGACCAUCAAAGAGAAUAUUAGAGAACAUUUACUAGAUGAUGAUGAAGAUGAGGAUGAUGAACUUCGACGCCAGAGAAGGGAUGACCCCAAGUCCAAAUCUUUGACAUUGCUUGAAUACAACUUGACAAUGGAUACCGCAAAGCUUUUCAUGUCUUGCCUUCACGCUUGGGGUUUAAAUGAAGUGCUGGAUGACGUCUGUCUCAACCGCUUAGGAAUGCUGAAGCCCCACUGCCCUGUCUCUUUUGGCCUCCUUUCCAGAGGUGGCCACAUGUCACUCAUGUUGCCAACCUUCAAAGAGUCUGUGGUUAGAAUGUCAUCUGCUGGUACUGAUGCAACUGGAAGAAAGACAUCAGUGUCUGAAAUCCUGGGCAAGGGUACUUAUGGUGUCUCUCGAGCUGUAACCACCCAGCAUCUACUGUCUGUAAUUUCUUUGGCAAACACUUUAAUGAGCAUGACAAAUGCAACAUUUGUUGGAGAACAUAUGAAGAAGCCUCCAGUCAGGCCACCAAAGCCAGGCACACCAGAGACAGCUCAAAAAACGUUCUCCCAAACUUCCAGUAAUGCCAUGCAAGGACAGAUCAAACAAGCUGCUCCACCUUUCUCUGCUGCUGCGAGCCCUGAGGCUGUUCACUGUGGCUCUGGCCCUGCUUUACAUACCUGUCCCUCAGUAAAUGAAGGAUGGAGUCAGCUAGCUGCCAUGCACUGUGUUAUGCUGCCAGAUUUACUGGGGUUAGAUAAAUUUAGACCUCCUCUUCUUGAGAUGUUAGCUCGCAGAUGGCAGGAUCGUUGCCUAGAGGUGCGGGAAGCUGCACAGGCAUUAUUAUUGGCAGAGUUAAGAAGAAUUGGGCAGGCUGGCCGUAAGGAAACUAUAGACACUUGGGCUCCAUAUUUACCACAAUAUGUUGACAAUGUCAUGUCACCAGGGGCAACAACUGAGGUUACCCCAGUUGUUCCUGCAGGUGGAGAUUCUCUGGGCCCUGAUGUAAAAGCAACUGAGGAGGAUGGGGACCUGACAGAUGACGACAUCACAGCAGGCUGCCUUUCUGGUCUCAUGCCCCACAUGAAGAAAAUUUCAACCUCAUAUGAAGAAAGAAGAAAACAAGCAACUGCCAUUGUUUUGCUUGGAGUAAUCGGGGCUGAGUUUGGUGCUGAAAUUGAGCCUCCAAAACUGUUGUCUCGACCUCGCACUGCUUCCCAGGCUCCUGAUGGCUUCGGGCUGACUACAGGCGGUUCCAAUUACUCACUUGCCCGGCAUACCUGCAAGGCUCUCACAUUUCUUCUGCUGCAGCCACCCAGUCCCAAACUACCUGCACACAGCACCAUACGCCGAACUGCAAUUGAUCUCAUUGGACGUGGAUUCACUGUCUGGGAACCGUACAUGGAUGUCUCGGCUGUACUUAUGGGCCUUUUGGAGCUCUGUGCUGAUGCAGAAAAGCAACUUGCUAACAUGACAAUGGGCCUGCCUCUCACCCCAGCAGCAGAUUCAGCCCGCUCAGCUCGACACGCUCUCUCACUCAUUGCCACGGCCAGACCACCAGCCUUCAUAACAACCAUUGCCAAGGAGGUUCAUAGGCACACUGCUCUUGCUGCCAACACUCAGUCUCAACAGAAUGUGCACACCUCCACCCUGGCACGAGCCAAGAAUGAGAUUCUGCGAGUCAUUGAAAUCUUGAUUGAGAAGAUGCCCUCUGAUGUUGUUGAUUUACUUGUAGAGGUUAUGGAUAUCAUAAUGUAUUGCCUUGAAGGAUCCUUAGUCAAGAAGAAAGGCCUUCAGGAAUGUUUCCCUACUAUUUGCAGAUUCUACAUGGUGGCUGACUGUGAAAGAAGCCACCGAAUCGCUGUUGGAGCUCGGCACGGUUCAGUGGCACUGUAUGAUGUUCGGACAGGGAAAUGCCAGACUAUUCAUGGACAUAAAGGACCUAUAACUGCUGUAUCGUUUGCUCCAGAUGGGCGCUACCUAGCUACAUAUUCCAAUGCUGACAGUCACAUUUCAUUCUGGCAGAUGAACACCUCACUAUUGGGAAGCAUUGGCAUGCUGAAUUCUGCCCCUCAAUUGCGAUGUAUGAAAACGUACCAGGUGCCACCAGUCCAGCCUGCAUCUCCUGGCUCUCAAAAUGCUCUCAAGCUGGCACGCCUCAUCUGGACAUCAAACCGCAACGUUAUCUUAAUGGCACAUGAUGGCAAGGAGCACAGAUUCAUGGUCUGAAGAACCUGGCCUUCCCAGUAGACCCAGCACCGCUCAGGAUGUGCUGUUGAAGCCUUGAGCCUUGGAAGUUGGGAUUUCUGCUGAUCAUGUAGUCCUUUUUUGAGAUUGUUUACACUUUUUGGUUGUUUACACAUAAGUUGCUGCAUUCUUGAAAGGUUUUUUCCUUUUAUUAAAUAUAAAGGAAAUGUCACACAGUCAGUGACAGUAACAUAAGGAGCCAGCCGAAAGCUGCUGUUGUAGUCAGCUAUCGUUUAUUAUAAUAAUGUAUGUAUGGUCUUUUAAUUUUUUAAUUCUAAGACAUUGAAGGGUAUAGAUGAGUGAUUUCAUCUGCAAAAAUGAAGUUGUUUAAUGAAAUAUACUGUGUAGAGAACAUAUCAGAAUAUGUGACAUAAUAUGAGGAGACCAAUUUCACUCUGUAUAUCUUGUUAUUUAAGUUUUUGACUCAUUUCCUCAAAGUGAGAAGAGACAAAUUACAUUAAUAAGAGUACCUAAUAUUUUCAAUGCAAUGAAAGGCUUUCUUUUCCAUCAACUCUAUCAGCAAUUUGUAUCUUCCAGGUAGUGGAUUAAUUGGUCUAAUUGUAUCUGUCUUAAGAUGUACUCCAGCCUUUGGCAUUUUCUUUUGCACUUUUCAAAAGGACAUUCAUAUUCCAUUUUCAUGUGACACUGAAAAAUAGCAAACUGCUGUAUGUGAUUGAUUACUUUACUUUAUAAUUAUAUUUUUCAGUUUUUAUAGUAGCCUUCAGAUGUACAAAAGUAACUAAGUUCAACAAAGAAUAUUCUUUCAGUUAUGACAGUAGUAUGCCACUGCUUACUUAUAACCCAAUUUAUCGUGGCAUGUAACUUCACAGGCGGUUACCAGUACAUUGUACCAUUUUUGUCAUCACUUUAACUUGAGUAUUGU